AUGGGGAGGAAGCUGGACCUCUCCAAGUUAACCGAUGAAGAAGCCAAGCACGUCUGGGAGGUCGUUCAACGAGACUUUGAUCUGCGGAAAAAAGAGGAGGAACGGCUGGGGGAGCUAAAAUGCAAGAUCAACCAGGAGAGCAGCAAGAGAGAGUUCCUGACAAAUCAGUCUCACCUCAAUGAAACCCACUGCGUCCACUGCCUCCAGCCCUUCAAGUUCCUGCUCAACAGCAAGCGGCAGUGCCAGGACUGCCACUUCUUCACCUGCAAGAACUGCAGCCGCUACAACAAGAAGGAGCAAGGCUGGGUCUGCGAUCCCUGCCGGCUCUCCAGGAUCGUGAAGAUUGGAUCCCUGGAGUGGUACUAUGAACACGUGAGGUCCCGUUUCAAGAGGUUUGGAAGUGCCAAAGUGCUGCAGUCCCUCUAUGGCAGGCUGCAGCCGGGGCAUGGCGCCAGCUCCACGUUCCUAGGUCAUCAGGACAGAGUUUACAGCCUGCCAGACAUUAACAGUGAGUGCCAGCUCUUCACCAGUGGUGACAUUGGGGAUGACAAUAAUGAUGAAGACAAUGUCCUCCGCGGAGCUGAAGCAGAGUGCUACAGCAGAAUGUGCAAGACAAAGCGCCUGCUCUCUGUGCAUCCCUUUGAUUUUGAGCUGGACUCGGAGUACUCUGCUCAGUCUCGUCGCCAGUCUGUACAGCUCUCGCCAGCAGCCAGCAGCCCGGAUGCGUUCCAGUCUUUCCCAGAUUUCCCUCACUCAGCUGAAGAUGCCUCCCAGGAGGAACCCAGGAUCACCGACACGGAUCUGGUCUUCCACCACAUCGUGCAGGAACAGGGAGCAGGCAGGAUCCCUCCAGAGCAGCACUUCAGCACAGAGGUUCGGCUCACCGUCAACUCACGGAGAAGGAGCCUAGAAAGAAAUGCCAGACCUGGUAGCCCCUGGAAUGAGCAGCCCCGGUCCCGGUACUCUGCAGAUAUGGACACCUCUGAUGAGGACAUGAAGGAAGCCCAGUUCCCGGCCUAUCCACCCCACCAUGUGAAACGACGUAACAGAGCCUCUUCCCAGGAGAAUUCCAGCCACUCUGGGAACCAGAUCCAUGAGCUCAACAAACGCAUGUCUGCAAUCGAACGUGUGCUGAAUUGCUUGGAGGAAAAGAUCCUGGUGAGCUCUGAGGAGUCUCCAGCCCCAGACUCCCAGCUUGACCCCGAUGCAGAGGAGGAGGAGUUGAAGAGGAAGCUGGAGGAGUUAGCCAGAAACAUCAGUGACAAGGAAGUCUCUUCAGAAGAAGAGGAGCAUGAAGAAAAGAAGAGAGCAAAGAAACCCGAGAUGAGUCCCUCCAGUGAUGACGUGGCCCGAGAUGCUCAAAAGAGGUCGUCAGCUCAGGCUCUGAGCGAAAUCACGGCCAAAGUGCUGAGAACCAUAAACGCCACGGAGAAAGCGGCCUGUGAGUUGUUGUAUGGAGAGAGCCAGAGCAACGGUGGCCGUGUCCUCCCUGCAGGGCAUCCUCCCAGCCUGGCAGAUGGGAAAGAGGUGGCCGAAGCGUACCGUGAGCUUGAAGAAAAUGUGUAUCUGACGGCUGGGAAGACCUUCCAGCUUGAGAACACCCUGAAAGAGCUUGAAGAAGGGGCUCAGCACAGCAGCACGACUGACUCGGAGCUGUCAGAGCUGGAGGAUAAAGUGGCCUCAGCAGCUGCUCGGGUGCAACAGGCAGAGAACGAGGUUUCGGACAUCGAAUCUCGGAUUGCGGCUCUGUCAGCUGCGGGGCUGACAGUGAAGUCAGUGGAAAAGGCCAGGAAGAAGUCAAAUGGGCAGGCGAUGCCUGGGCUGCAGGGGUUCAGGAGGAAGUUCAACAGUCCCCUCGACAUCACUGGUCUCGAGGACUCCUUUGACCGCAACUCUGUUUACCGUGGCUCCCUGACGCAGAGGAACCCCAACGGCAAGAACAGAAGAGUGGAGAGGCUCUUUGCGAAGCCUGUGAUGACCCAUCUGUCCUGA